AUGAGGGCCCAGAGCCUCCUCCUCCUGGUGGCCUUCCUGGCUUUGGGGAGUCAGCUGCCCGCUGCCUCGGGCAGGAGGAAGAGAGUGAAAUCUGGGGGAUGUCCACCGGACGAUGGGCCCUGCCUCCAGUCGGUGCCUGACCAGUGCGUAGAUGAUAGCCAGUGUCCCUCAAAGAUGAAGUGCUGCUCCCAAAGUUGCUUCCGCCAGUGCGUCCGUAGGGUUGCAGUUAAGCUGGGCACCUGCCCGGAGGAACGAUUCUACUGCCUCAGCCCCAUUCAGCACCUGUGUCACAACGACUCAGACUGCCGGGGCAAUAGUCGGUGCUGCCUCGGCGCCUGCGGCCGGGACUGCCGAAGCCCUGUCGGAGGCUAAUUCUGGUUUAGGAUCCAUGGCUCUGAACCUCAGGAUGGGGUUCCCAGCAGGAAGAGAUGACGAUGGAGGGGCCUG